AUGGCCACGGCUGUGGACGAGGGAGCCACCACAGCCAAGCAGCCUGGUAUUAAGGAAGCCUACCGGCACAGAGAAUCUAAAGAAGAAUUUGUUAAAGUCAGGAAGAGGGACCUGGAUCGGCUGACGACGGAAGUAAUGCAAAUGCGGGACUUCUUACCCAGAAUAUUAAAUGGGGAGUUACUGGAAAGUUUCCAGAAAUUAAAGACUGUAGAAAAAAACCAGGAAAGGAAAGAAGAAGAAUUAGAGCAGCUGAGAUUGGACUGUGAACACUUCAAGGCCCGGCUAGACAUUGCGCAGGCAGACAAUGGAAGGGAGAAAAAGGAGAAGUUGGCUCUUCGACAGCAGCUGAAUGAGGCAAAGCAGCAGCUCCUCCAGCAGGCAGAAUACUGUACACAAAUGGGAGCAGUCACCUGUACUGUCCUCUGGGGAGUAACCAGCAGUGAGGAGGUUGUCAAAGCCAUUCUUAGAGGAGACAAAGCAUUGAAGUUUUUCAACAUCACUGGUCAGACAAUGGAGAGUUUUGUGAAGUCAUUGGAUGGGGAUGUCAAGGAGGUUGAUUCUGAUGAAAAUCAGUUUGUAUUUGCCCUGGCUGGAAUUGUAACAAAUGUCGCUGCCAUCGCAUGUGGUCGUGAAUUCUUGGUGAAUUCCAGCCGGGUGCUCUUGGACACCAUGUUGCAGCUGCUGGGGGACUUAAAGCCUGGCCAGUGCACCAAACUCAAAGUUCUAAUGCUGAUGUCCCUGUACAAUGUGAGCAUCAAUUCAAAAGGCUUGAAGUACAUCAGCGAGAGUCCUGGAUUUAUCUCUUUGCUGUGGUGGCUUUUGAGUGACCCAGAUGCAGAAGUGUGCUCUCAUGCCUUGCGGCUCAUCCAGUCUGUGGUUCUUGAACCAGAAGUCUUCUCCAAGAUGGCCUCGGAGCUCCGGAGCUCUUUACCCCUGCAGCGCAUCCUGGCCCUGUCCAAGAGCCGCAACUCUCACCUGAAGACUGCUGCCCAGGAGCUCCUGGAAGACCUCCGUCCCCUGGACUGUGGUGUUUAGGUGUGCUUGACCACCAGGGGCUUGGUGAAAAUGCCAGUGGUCCUUCCUCUUCCCAGGCCCUCAACUUUGUGUUCAAAGCUAGAUGUCACUGUAGGUCAUGUGUUAGAGACUGCAGGCCUUGACUGACUAUAGAGAUGGACAGGAUGGGUAAGCAUCCUGCCUCUCCCUCCUGGGUGUGACACUUGAUAGAUAGCUGGUUAAUCUUGCCAGAGCAGUGAACACAGCAGGUUACAUUCUCCAGAAAGGUCCCCUCUGAACAUCAGGGAACUCUUCCAGAGUUUUCUCAGAGUAUCUUCUUGCUGCCCUGAGGCUGCCCACACUAGUUUUGUCACUCUAAAGAUGGGAGUUUAGAUCACCGUUUACCAUGUGGUCAUUGUUUCCCAAAAGCAUUUGUGUGAUAACCCAUCCUCUUUCUCUGGUAACUAUAACCCCACUACACAGGCUUACCUUCGUAAUCCUUUGGUGAACCUAUUCUUUCACAUGGUUUUGGAUAUUUGAGCUCUGUUUUGGUGCUUCUUUUAUUUUUUAAUAAA